AUGGAUACAAAAUGCUCUAGAACUUCUCAAUUAGAUUCAAUUGAAGACGAUGAAGAGAACGAUGAUGAAGAGAGCGAUGAUCAAGAGAGUCAUGAGAAGAAGCCAACGAUUAGACCAUAUGUCCGAUCCAAGUUACCGAGGCUUCGAUGGACGCCUGAGCUCCAUCUUCGAUUUGUUCAUGCAGUCGAGAGAUUGGGUGGUCAUGAUAGAGCAACUCCCAAGUUAGUUCUACAACUAUUGGACAUCAAAGGGCUUAAUAUUGCUCAUGUUAAGAGUCAUUUACAGAUGUAUAGAAGCAAGAAGAUAGAUGAUCCUACAAAAGGUAUAUUCUAUCAAAAUUAUCUAGGAGGAGGAAAUCAGAAAAUGUACAAUAUUGAUAGACUUCCUGGGCUGCAAGGAUUUAAUUAUUCAAGGGGUCUAUCUACUUUCAGAUCAUAUGGGGAUCAUGUUUCAUACAAUCAUCUGACAAGUUGGACGAACAAACCUUAUAUUGAUCGAAACAGUUCAUUUAAUGACGAUCAAAGGUCAUGGCUACAUAAAACAUUCGAAGAGAAAUUCAUUGGUAACAUUAUAACCGCGAACAAUUGCAAUUCCCACACAGGUAUUCCCCAUUUUGCAGAUGUCUUAAAAUCUAGCCCAAGUUCUAUCAAACUUAGCCCCUUAAUCGAAUCUCGAGCAAAAGAAGAUCCAAACUCUACUACUACUGUUUGUUUGCCUCACGAGUUUGAAAUUACGAGAUCAACAUUCCUUGAUAGGAUGAAUUUGAAGAGAAAAGAAGCUUCUAAUUCUAGUAUUGAUUUGAAUCUCUCCCUUGGAUUAAAGUCGAGAGUAGAAGAAGGCGGUAUGGAUGAUGAAGGUGGUGAAGAACUCAAUGGUAAUUUGUCGUUGUCUUUGUUCUCGCAGUCGGGUCAUAAAUCGAGAAGGUUGAAAGAAGGUGAUGUCGAGUAUGCAAGAAGGGCAAGUACUCUAGAUCUGACUAUAUGA